AAACCAAACAGAAUAUUAAAUUAUGCAUUUAAACCUCGAGAACAAAACAAGGCUUUUCACUUGUUCAUUUAUCUCUUGCAUUUUAUUACUGUCGUCUACAUAACGCUGUGGAUAAUUCCUAAAGGAUAUUUUAUAUUUUUGUUUGGUUUCUGAAUUAAGGAGAGCUUUCAUUACACAGAUAGACCCAUUGCCUAUGCAGGUGUAGCGGCUCUUUUCUGCACACUAGCAUAUAAAAAAUAGCGAUAUUUAGGUUCUAAAAACCCGCAGAUCUUCAAGUUGGCAGUGAGUAUAAAAAUAUUCUGUUCUGAAAAAUUCUGGCAGUGGCAGCUGAACACAGUAAAUCCAGUGGAUUCUCUACACUCCCUAGAUAGGUUUUCUGUGGAUAACAUUCUACAGCUACAGGAAUAAAUAAAUAAAAUCUUCAGCUUUUAAUUAAGGCGAUUUAAUUCAGACCUCUCCACUCGGCGUAGUCGCCAUGGGAAAUGUAUACUCCAAUGUUUACUCGGAUCUCUUUCUGUCACUAUUCUGUCUUGUUUUACGCUUACGACACCAGCAAAGCUUUCUGGCCCCUACAGCCAUUGUUUCCCACUUCGACGUUCUGCGUUCAACCUCUGCCCGCCCAAGAAACUCCCUAAAGUUCAACAGGAGGGGAACUCAGUGCACUUAGUUUAUUAAAGUCAUUGUUUUAACGCUACCUCUCCCCUAGUUGCUCAGGCUUCUCUAAGGUAUACAGUGCCCCGCUGGCGGUUCCUUAUGGUACAGUGCAGCUUCUCAAAAGAUCAUCGGAUGGAGAAAUUUAGCUCUUUUUGAAACAUUUAAGUAACUGAGCAAUUAGUUCUGAAUGGGAUGGGGGGAGGGAAGACUAGAGAGCUUAAAUAAGGAGGGCAGGGGGGAGAGACACAACACAGCUAGCCCAAAAACAACAGGGAUGUGUAUGCAUGGGAAGGAAACUUAAAAGGUUUGUAUUUAAAGUGUGCUUGCAAGGUCUUCGGCACAAUAUGUGCUGCUCUCCUUAAAGGGGCACCGAGUGCCAAUAACCAUUAGUCAUCCAGUAGGGACCUUUCAUUACAGAUUUAUCUUUAGGGGGAGUUCCCCGAAGGGAAUACAGCUACGGAUUUCAAACUCGGUCCAGUUCCAGUUACACAGUGCGUACCUGCUUCAAUAGAAGGGAGAGAUACUUACCAGAGUUUCAGGAGUGCGCGGAUAGCACCAAGGUCUCUGCAGUGCUCCUUUCCUCUGCGGAAUACUAUCUUGCAUCCGAGGCAGUUCCCAGUCUAUAUUUGAUAUUAACAACCUCAAAUACGAGGCUCUCCCAUAGACAUUUUUUUUCCAGGGUUUUCAAGCAAAUUUCUCGGUGCCACAAUGUUAUGAUGGAAGGAUGCUGAAAUGACAGGCCUCGUAGACGCUUGUCUUAAUCAUCGGCUUCUUAAUUUAGUUUUAGUGCUGUGGUUUUGUGUGUGCGCGCGUGUGUGCCUGCGCUUGUGUGCGCGCAAGAGAAGCCUCUGACAACCUGCAGCUUCCUAAUGACUGACGAGGCAGGGCUGCUGCAGCAAAGUAACACUUCCCUGGUGUGAAGACCUCUUACUGGGAAGUUUAGUUCACUACUGUUCUCGCAAUCCUAAUCGUAUAACUUGUAACUAAAACCCAAGGAAGAAGGAUAUAGCAUGCUAAAUAGACUAACUUCUAAUCACUAGAAGCUGUUGCGGAUUAACUGGAAACUGGCUAGAGGCGGACACCUAAACUUAAAUCUACAAAUUCAGAGAGAAGUCUGGACCAUUGAAUGCUUCUUCCUCUCCCUGUUUGCCUCCAUUCAUCCAUCCACCUUCAGUCCCAUUCACCCCUCUUCAAAAUGUUUGACUACCUCUUUCUCUUUGUUAGCGCACUGCUCCGUCCCCAUUCGCCAUGCCUUAGCAGCAGGGUAUCAGUAUCUGCUGAGCAGUCCUUACCUUAAUUGCCCAGGUAACCUGGAAUAAAUAAGGCAAGCUUAUAGCCAAGGGGGAAUAGAAUUAUAUAAGCGUACAUGGAGGCAUUUACUGUACUGAAUGUGAUAUUACUGAUUGUUAAACCAAAGUGUCCGGACUCGUUUCAUGGAAGCAUGAUGCCAUCGAAGCGUGGUUACUAAAUACCCUUUCUUCAUGGCUGAAAAAAAUCUCAUUCAUUUCUUAAGCUGUCAGUACAUUUUAGCAGCUUAACCGCCUUGAAAGAGCCCGAGAGUACAGAGCCACUAUACCCGUGUGAAGGGGAUUGAAGGCUGAAGCUGGGGCGGGGGGUGGUGCAAGGGAAGUACGCUAUAUGCAUUAAGUGUACGUUGGAAAGUGUCUUUUCUUCCUUUGGCCUUUAAUUUAAAAACGAAAUAAAAAUUAAAAUAAUUUUUUUAAAAAGGUAGGGGGGAGGGCGGGGACGGAAAAGUAUGUGGUUGAAACACUAUCCCUAGGAGUUAUACCCAAGAGCUGCACGGAGAUCGCUGUUGAAUGGCACUUCAGCCAGGAUGUUUCAGCUCAGCUAUUCAGCCCCAUCCUGACCCCGGAGCUGGAUACUCUGAGUCCAUCCCCGCCGCUGGGUUCGGUGGAUCCGCAGCGCCGACGAACGUGCAGCGCUUGAGACUGCGGUCCAACUGCGCUGCCGCCGCCGCCGCCGCCGCCGCCGCUGCCGGUGGUGCCGCCGCUGCCUCGGCCACCGCCACCGCUUCGGCCGCCGCCUCCGCCGCCGCCCCGCGCGCAGCUCCCUCAGCCGCCGCAACUUUCCCCCUCAGACUAGUGUGUGAUGUUGGACAUGGGAGAUAGGAAGGAAGUGAAAAUGCUGCCGAAAUCCUCCUUUAGCAUAAACAGCCUGGUGCCCGAAGCCGUCCAGAGCGACAACAACCACAGCAGCCACAGCCACCACAACAGCCACCACCCCCAUCACCACCACCAUCACCACCACCACCACCACCACCCGCCGCCGCAGCAGCCCCAGCGAGCGGCCGCAGCCGAGGAGGAGGACGAGGAGAAGGGGCAGCACCUCCUGCCGCCCCCCACCGCCGCCGCCUCCGGCGCCCUGGAGGUGGCCAAGGCGGACAUGCUGGCGGGCAAAGGCGAAGCGGGCGCGGCGGCGGCGGCGGCGGCGGAGCUGGAGGAGAAGGAGAAAGCGGCCGAGGAGAAGAAGGGGGCGGCGGAGGGGGCCAAGGACGGGGAGAGCGGGAAGGAGGGGGAGAAGAAGAACGGCAAGUACGAGAAGCCGCCGUUCAGCUACAACGCGCUCAUCAUGAUGGCCAUCCGGCAGAGCCCCGAGAAGCGCCUCACGCUCAAUGGCAUCUACGAGUUCAUCAUGAAGAACUUCCCCUACUACCGGGAGAACAAGCAGGGCUGGCAGAACUCCAUUCGGCACAACCUCUCGCUCAAUAAGUGUUUCGUCAAGGUGCCCCGCCACUACGACGACCCGGGCAAAGGGAACUACUGGAUGCUGGACCCCUCCAGCGACGACGUCUUCAUCGGGGGCACCACCGGCAAGCUCCGCCGGCGCUCCACCACCUCUCGGGCCAAGCUGGCCUUCAAGCGGGGCGCCCGGCUCACCUCUACCGGACUGACAUUCAUGGAUAGGGCAGGAUCCUUGUACUGGCCUAUGUCCCCCUUCCUCUCCCUGCACCACCCCCGGGCCAGCAGCACUUUGAGUUACAAUGGGACCACGUCCGCCUACCCCAGCCACCCCAUGCCCUACAGCUCAGUGUUGACUCAAAACUCCUUGGGAAACAACCACUCCUUUUCCACGUCUAAUGGGUUAAGUGUUGAUAGACUAGUCAAUGGAGAGAUACCUUAUGCCACUCAUCACCUCACAGCAGCAGCUCUGGCAGCCUCAGUGCCGUGUGGCUUGUCAGUUCCCUGCUCCGGCACCUAUUCCCUAAAUCCCUGCUCUGUAAAUCUCCUAGCAGGACAGACGAGUUACUUUUUCCCCCAUGUUCCUCACCCUUCAAUGACUUCUCAAAGCAGCACUUCAAUGACGGCCAGGGCAGCCUCCUCCUCCACGUCGCCACAGGCGCCCUCCACUCUCCCCUGUGAGUCCUUAAGACCUUCUUUGCCAAGUUUUACAACGGGACUUUCCGGAGGACUUUCUGAUUAUUUCACACAUCAAAAUCAGGGGUCUUCUUCAAACCCUUUAAUACAUUAACAUCCAUGGGAUCAGACUGUAAGUGAACAUUUUACACACAUUUGCAUUGUAAAUGAUAAUUAAAAGGAAAAAAAAAGCAAAACAAAAAAGUCCAGGUAUUUUUUAUUAAGUCCCCCAUUUUCUGUACGUUUGUUCAGUCUUUAGGGUUGUUUAUUAUUCCACCAAGGUGAGGAGUGUCAGCAAGGUGCAAUGUGGGGAGAUUGCAUUGUAGACUAUGAAGUUUGGAAGACAAAAUUAUAGUAGAAUGUGUAUCUAAAUAGUGACUGCUUUUGCAAUUUUUUACUCAAAUAUGAUGAGUCUAUCACUAAAAGCCGCCCGAUUCUCCAUGUUUGCAGUAUUAUAAGUUAUCAUGGACAUGUCGGUGGGUGCAGACCUUGAAAGAAAAAAAAAAAAAAGAAAACCAAACCAAACCACUAAAUUUGUGAAAACUAUAAAAAACCUUAAAACAUAAUUUGUAUUUAAGCAGAAUUAAUAAUGAAAAAUGCCCAAGAUCUACUUUUGGCCAUUUAUUAUUUUAUUAUUUUCUUUACCGAAUUGCUUUUUUUUUUUUUUUUUUGUUCAUUUGUUUGUUUGUUUACUUUUAGACCAAAGAUUGGGUUUUAGAAAAUGCACUCAGUGUACGAAGUAAUUUAAAAAACACAGCAAGAUUAUUUCAGUUUUCAGCACUGCCCGUUCAAAUUAAUCAGAAGGGGACAAAAUUAAUGAUUGCCUUCAGUUUGUGUUGUGUAUAUUUUGAUGUAUGUGGUCACUAACAGGUCACCUUUAUUUUUUUUCUAAAUGUAGUGAAAUGUUAAUACCUAUUGUACUUAUAGGUAAACCUUGCAAAUAUGUAACCUGUGUUGCGCAAAAGCCGCAUAAAUUUGAGUGAUUGUUAAUGUCGUCUUAAAAUUUCUUGAUUGUGAUACUGUGGUCAUAUGCCCGUGUUUGUCACUUACAAAAGUGUUUACUAUGAACACACAGAAAUAAAAAAAUAGGCUAAAUUCA